CCCUUUCCGCUGCCGAGGCGGCGGGAGCCGAGCCCGAGCGGACCGAGCCGCAGCCGCAGCCGCAGCCGGGCGGCGGGCGAGAGGCGGCGGCGGCGGGCGGGCCGCGGGCAGUCAGUCGGGCGGCGGCGGCGAUGCGGCGGCCCCGCUGAGUCCGCCCGCUCCUGGCGCCGGGAGCCAGCCGCGCGAGGCGGCCCGGGCCGGGCGGCAGCAUGCGGAGCGGCGAGGAGCUGGACGGCUUCGAGGGCGAGGCCUCGAGCACCUCCAUGAUCUCGGGCGCCAGCAGCCCGUACCAGCCCACCACCGAGCCGGUGAGCCAGCGCCGCGGGCUGGCCGGCCUGCGCUGCGACCCCGACUACCUGCGCGGCGCGCUCGGCCGCCUCAAGGUCGCCCAAGUGAUCUUGGCCCUGAUUGCAUUCAUCUGCAUAGAGACCAUCAUGGCAUGCUCCCCGUGUGAAGGCCUCUACUUUUUUGAGUUUGUGAGCUGCAGUGCGUUUGUGGUGACUGGCGUCUUGCUGAUUAUGUUCAGUCUCAACCUGCACAUGAGGAUCCCCCAGAUCAACUGGAAUCUGACAGAUUUGGUCAACACUGGACUCAGCGCUUUCCUUUUCUUUAUUGCUUCAAUCGUACUGGCUGCUUUAAACCAUAGAGCCGGAGCAGAAAUUGCUGCCGUGAUAUUUGGCUUCUUGGCGACUGCGGCAUAUGCAGUGAACACAUUCCUGGCAGUGCAGAAAUGGAGAGUCAGCGUCCGCCAGCAGAGCACCAAUGACUACAUCCGAGCCCGCACGGAGUCCAGGGAUGUGGACAGUCGCCCUGAGAUCCAGCGCCUGGACACGUGAGGACCUGCCUGGAUCCUCCUCCCUCCCGUCCUCGUGCCUGUCUCUCAGUCAAGUUUUCUUUCCCUUGUCCUGUCAGAUUUCCAUGUGAUUCAGUUGAAUUUUGUCCUCUUUGGUAAAAGUUCAUUUUGGGAAAGGGUUUCCCGAGUGGCCCAGUGGGCGGGUCCGCGGUGGAGUUGGGAGGCCCACGUUCCUCAGCGUUUGGGGCUGUGGAGCAGCCGGCGUCACUGCCCAGGUCCACUUGAGGUCUUACCUGCCCUGAAGCACAGGCUUCCUUUGACUCUGAGCCACCUUGUCGUGUGUAUUUGUAACAAGACUUUGGAUUAAAUGGGGCUGCUAAGAGGGGGGAAAUAUGAAGGAAUGAAGGGACAGCAUUGGAACGGUCAGUCGGCAGUGGUUCUCAGGCAGCCUUAGGCACCACCUGCUCCAAGUCAGUGUUGAGUCUGCGUGCUGGGAUCCAGCCCACUCCUCGUCUUCCAUGCCAGGGCCCCCAGGCAGCCAGCACCAGCCCAAAGGCCACAGGGCUGGGGAAAGCUGAUGUCCUGUUAGGAUGGCUCCCAGGGACCUCUGACUCAAGGAAGGGUGACCUUUUGUUUCCUACUCUGCUGAGAAAUCACUUGAUUCUUCCUCAAAUGAAUCACCUUCCUGAACCCCAGGUUCUUCUCCAGGAAUAUGGGGGCCAUCUUGUUAUGGGGACUAUCUUGUUUUCCAGUUUCCUGCCUACCCUAAAUACUUUGAGGCUGAAUUGCAGAUUUUCAGUCAUUUUACCUUCUCAGGUAAAAGCCAUGAAAGAAACAAGCCUACUCCACCAGCCAAAGCACUUGCCCAUUUGCUGGCUUCAUGAACCACAGGUGGGAGGUAUGUGUUUGUGUUAAAAAACAGCAUGCACACGCGUGCGCGCACACAUGCACACACACACCCCUCUAUUUUAGGGAUGUGUGCUAAUUUUCUAAAUGCCUGCAAGGAGUUCUAAAAUGAUUCUGAGCAGAUUCGUCUAGGAUUUGAAAAUACUUGAAUUUGCACCAGAACACACCCUUCCACCCAUGUUUCAGAAGGCACUAAUUGUCGCUUUGGGCGCCUCAGUGUCAUAACUGUAGACAUCAUUCUUGGGAGUUGUUGGGGGGAAAAAUCCUAGCUACUUAAGGUUUCUGAUUGAUUCUUGAUAAAGUGAAGAUUAUUGUGUGUGGUGAAUGAGUUCAGUGAGUCCCCAUGAUGCAGUAGUUUUUUUAAAAAAUUAGAGAUUAAUUAUAUCUUUUAUGGAAAAAAGUUGUUUUAGUUUGUCAGGUUUUCCCUCUUUGAACUGUUUUUAAUGUUUACAAACCUCACUUUAGCGCUAACAUUUUGUGUUUAGCCCUCACGAAAAAGCACUUACUGUGGCAGGAAGAUUUUGCAGUAACAUGGAGAAAUCCCCAAGAUCAAGUGCUGACAAAUGUUGACAGCUUUAGCAGCGUACUGUGUAAUAAAUAACUCCGAGGGGGCGGCGGGGGGUCUGUGCAAGAAAGCGUCCCCUUAUGCACAUGUGGCGUCUCAUUCCCCAGAAAAGGACAGCAUCUGAGCUCACAGUGUUGAUCAGGCAACACUGCUGGGCUGGGGGUCGGAGUUGGGGUUAGCUUCCUGCACCAACACCUUCAGUACGAUCUGAGUUGGGAGCAGUGUCCCAGGCUAUGUGGCUGAGCACCACGUCUGCCUCAGGGGCUGACCCUGCUAGCCUGUUAACAACUCGUCUCCCCUCUGCUCCCACAGAGAGGGCAGCCAGGCCAGCUCACAGCUGGGUGUGCUGCCUGGCAGGUCUGUUGAGUGUGUUUGCAAAGUCAAAAUUGGGCUUAUCUCUCUUUGAGAGUUCCUUUUAAAAUAGGGCCAUAAAGGCUCAGCCUUGCAUUAAAUGGGGCCCACUUGGAAGGACCAUCCUGAGCUUUAUCAGAAAUCUCCUGCUGGGAAUCAUGUUACUUGGCCCCCAAAAAAGGCCAUCUUUGAAGUGAGAUUGAAAACAAGAACACCAUUCAGAUGGGCUUGUUGCCCAAGUUUUCCCAGGUCACUUCAGUAAAACCACUUGAUCAUCUGGUGAAAGAGGGGGGCAGGUGGUUGGCCUCCUGAGGAUAUGUUGUCAGCUGCAAGAAAUAGUUCUGAAGUCACUGAAACUAAAUGCAGAUGAAUGACCAAAAAGGAUGACACGCCAGAGAGUGACUUAGGAGUUAAUUUGCAUCUUUGUGAUAGACUCUUCAGAAUUAUUUAUGUCCCUGUAACUAUUUAAUAUCCUUUGUGCCGUGAGGCUCCUCGGUGGUUUUGUAAAUGUUCUCCUUGUAUUUAAUUAACUCCCACUAGAACCGGAAGUGGUGCCAUGGACGCUUCCUAGUUGAUGUAAUGUGUGGUUGCACAUGUCAUCAUGUAUAGACCACAUGGUGAUGAAAGUUCUGGAGGGAAUAGGGUUAUCCAAGGUGAAUAUGAAGACGCCUAUAUUUUUCUUAUAUUGCCUCUGUAUGCAAACAGAAGACAAUCGAUAUCUGGGGGCCUUAAAAUGACCUCUUGGCAAAUUGAAGGAAGCGUUUUUGCGUUUAAUAGUUUCAGUAGGGACCAAUAUCAGUUUGGUUUGGGGCAUUUGAAGGCUGAGCGACCUUAGUUUUUCUCAGUGUUCUGGUGGGACGAUAUUGGUUUUCACAUUUAAAGCAAAACUUGAAGAAACUGCAGUUGCUGUGUGCAUUUGGGUUUUUUCCUGGACACUGUACAGCUGAAACCCUCAAGCAUUUGGUGGAACCUCUGGUGGUUUUAGAUGGAUGCAAACACUGACGUCCUCAGAGAAAGUUUAUUUUGGCACUGAUUGGGUGGAUUUGGUAUUUUUUCCCUCUGAUUCUCUUUGAUAUCCUUCUUUCACACUGCUGAAGGCAUGGGAGGGAAAUAUGUUUUCCCUGCCUUAAAGAGGGAUUACAGUCAGGAAAGGCUGGAGAUACUUGUUGGCCCCACAUAAAGCUGGGAAGAACAGACGCAGUUACAGAUUAAAAUCUCGUCAGAGAAGUUUGAUUUGAAGUAAACAGCCAUCCGAGGGAGGUGACUUUUGUCUACAGAAAAAGCAAGAAUGUGGCAGCCUGCACAGCCCCAAUACACAUCUUCCUUGGCAAUGUGAGCUGAAGCCAGCAUGGGCAAGGCCGGCCCAGCUCUGAGGGCUUGGCCCUGGGAAGCCGGCGGCACCCCCAGCCCUUCGGGCCCUGUUACUGUCCCCUGGCAGGAAGGCUCACACCUGUGGGCAGCCAGGGAAUGUGUCUGACCUCCACCCUAUGUCAGGUGCUUCUGGGACAGCUUCGUGACUCAGUUGAAAACAUUCUGACUCUCUUCAAGUUUGCAGUUACAUCUGUGGUUCUUGGAAGCUGUCCUAGUGAGUCAGCCUUGGGUUAAGCCUGAGGAGACCAAGCUCCAAAACCUUUGUGCACUCAUGUACGUGAAUUCUUGCUUGCAGUGAAUGAGACCUGAACAACCCUAGUGGGUGCCAUGUCCUGCGUGUGGCCCAGGCGUACCUUUUCUUGUAGAUUCACAUGAGAAACCCGUCACCUAUCCAUGUGCUCUGAGAGGUGGACUGAGGUCUAAUCCCUUUCUGUGCCAGAUUUUCUGUGGGUUGGUCUUAGCACCUAGGAGAUGAAUAGAGCAUGGAGACACCUGAACAAUUUAGUGAUUCUGCAAGGCAGUGAUGAUUUAAGGGUUCCUAUUGUCUCAUCUGUGUUCAAAACAAAACAAUCAUGAAGUCUUUGUGCCACUGCCUGACUGUCAUCUUCUCCAGAUCUUGUUUACAGAGAAAUAAUGACAUUAAACAGGUAUCAGAAAGGGGAAAAAGUUUCUAGGCCAAGAGCUGCUGGUGGAUUCUCUUGAGCAGAAUAACAAGUUGCUUCCUGCUCCAGGGACUGCCAUUAGCUUGUGAAGUCUCUAGGUGCCUUGUUAUUUCCUAGUGAAGUUGCAGAAUCCAGGGUUUUUUCCAGGUUUGUCUUAUUUUAUCAGCACCCACGUCCAGGCCCAACAGCUUGGUAGGCUGGUGAGGUCCACACACGGCCAGGUCUGGGAGAUAAGGGAGGAAGCAGUGGCCUGGAACACCCCACCUGUCUGCUAUCAGCACUAGACAGCUCAGGCUGUCUUGGAAACGUGUACUUUGUUAACUGCCUUCCUGUCCUCUUGUCUUUGAAAGCUGUCUUGCGUUCCACAGUCAGCUUGAGGGCAAGAGUGGGAUGCUGGGGACAGGUCUUUCCCGUCCUGUGGGUGAGCUCCUGGCAUCUGGCUCAGGAACAUGUGGGUCCAGCAGGUGACUCUGAAGCUGGCUUGGCUGCCAUCUCAGACAGGACGCAGGCCUGACACCCUCAGCUUUUAGCUUUGUAAACUUCCCUGGCGCUUUGUAGAAUCUUGGGUUUCUUCUCUUCUCAGCAGAUAUCAUUCAAGUCACAAGAACUGUCUGGUUGAGAAAGUAAUUUAAAAUAUUUGACCUUUUAUGUUUCUUUUAUUUAGAAACUGUGAGAGAAAAUACCGUCAAUAUCUGUUAGGUCUAGAAAAAUUUUCUUCCGAAAGUGAAUGUUCUGUUUAAUUCUUCUUCAUGCACGCGAGUGGCAUUUUGUACACUCUUUAGCUUGAAGCGGAGUGGGUCCUAUUGUAUUUUCCCUUCUUUUGUCUGGAAUAUAUUCUUUUUCCAUUUGGAUACAGUUUUUCAACCUUUGGGAUUUUUUUUUCCUUUCUAGUUUUUCCUACUCCACAAACGUAACAGUAAGGAAAAAAUCACCCACAAACCCGCUGAGUUUGAAUCACUGGCAACUUGCCUAGAAAAGUUCAGAUGAUGGGUCCUUGAACUGUGUAUCUAUUUCAUAGGGUAAGUUUGUUGUUUAUGUUUUUUUAUGCUGAGGCUUUAAUUCAGGUGACUUGCUAUCUAGACACCUGGGGUGGCGUGUUUUCUUUGGGAUGCGUAAUACACAAAGGCCAGGGAGCCUUUGGCUUGGACCCCCAGGGAGCUAUUGGAACUUUUAAAGUUUGAGUUUAGGAGUAAGAACAUAUCUCAGACCACCUUAGUCAGCUUUGCUGAUGGGAUUUAGGGCCAGGUCAGAGUUUCUUUUCAUAACUGCCUGAAAAGAGAGAUGGUGUGAAACAAGAUUCUGAUAAUGGUUUGUGUGAGAUUUGAUCAUAGUCUAAAACUAUCACGUCUGAGUUGCCUUAGGAUGACAGUGCUGACACCCAGUAGGAAGUAUCCCAUUUUUAUCAGGAAAGUCAGUCACGCGUAGGGAUGGUGAGGAGACGAGGGGAGAGGAGGGAGACCUGCUGGUGCCCUUGCACCAGGGUGAGGCCUGACUCACGCUGCUUCCCCCAACAGGCCCUGCUUUGCUUGCCUGCUUUUUCCAGAAUCGAUUUUGCAAGCUUCAAGAUUCUGUUCCCCUCUUCGCAGAAGUGAGGAAGGCAAAUACUCAGGGUUUGAAGGGAGACCUGGCCGGCCUGAGGGCUGGCAGAUGUGAGGGCAGGACACCUGGGAUGGACUCGUAGGCUGGCCCAGGCCCAAAGGAGGCUGCCUGUUCCCAACUCUUUCACUCUGUAACCCAUUUUAAAAUGAGUUUUUGAAUCUUGCCUCAAAUUGACCUACUUGGAUAAAAUCAGUGCUUUUCCUAACUUGAUUUUGUUUGACGUGGUUCCCUCUAAGAGAAUGGUAGGAAUUGAAACUAUUUGUAUAUGUUGAAAUUUGUAGGGGUUCAGGAACCCAUGGCAGAAACACUAAACUAUUUAUUUACAAGUAUGACUAUUUUUUUUUUCAAAGUGGGCAAUUCUUUGUAUAUUUUAAGGCAAAUAAUCACUUCACCUCUGGUGCCUUCCAUGCGUCGCAUAAGCACUCUUGUCAAUCAUGGAAUUGGAAAAAAAGAUGUACAUUUAGUUAAACGAGAUAACACUAUUUUUGUAGCAUGAUUUUAGAUUGUGUCCUUUUAAUAUUGUUUUCAACAAUGGUAGUUUUGAGGUUUUGGCCAUUUUCUCUUUACACUUCGUAUGUAUUUUAAAGAAGAAAAAAAACAAAAAAAAUUCCCUGGCUAUUCCUCUUUCCUCUCUGCUGCUGCUUCUCCUGCAUCUUGUUCCUGCUUAUUUAAAUAGUCUGAGAGUAAGAGUAUAUUUCUGUGAAAUAAUUAUAAGUCAGUAUAAUUGCAUUUGGCAUUUUUUAACCACUUGCUCAGUUUGGAGCCACUGCUCACCUCAAACAGUACAAAGAAAGUGGUUCCAUAUUUUACAAACAGAAGAGUAGCAUCAGAGCCCUGACCUCCUGUCUUUGGGUGUAAAAUGGUGAGAGGCCAGUGUCUGGCUCCUUCCCCUGUGGUUUGGGCUGGUGAACUGAGCCCAAGCUUAUUCUCUGGCCUGGGCCCCUUCCAGAAUCAGUGCGGGCGUCCUGCAGAGGCAUGGCCUUCCUGCCGCUGCAGAGUGGGAAGCUUCCCGGGGGACCUCAGCCAGCUCCGGGGCUCUCAUCUUCCACUCGGAUCUCAGAUUGGUUCGUUGUGGAUGCUCUGGCUAGGCUCGGCGGCCUUUUCCAGGCUUCAGGCCUGAACAAAACAGGCUGUUUGCUGUGAGGAGCUAGAUGACACCAAGACACAGACACGUACUCUUCACCGGCUCCUUUUGCUUCUCCUUCCUGCAGGACGUGAGUUAUGUCUGGUCCCAAAACCCUUGAGUAAACUAGCUGAGCCAUUGCAAAUGAAGGUACAGAUGGAUUGAAACAUAAAAUUGUAGCUUUUGGUGUCCUUCUGAAGGGUCAGAAUAUGUAAUUAUUUGAUAACCAAGGAAGUCAAGUCAGAUGGCUAAGUAGUAACUUUCCAAUAUGAUUUCUCCGUGGUACUUCACCUGGUGGCACUUUUGGGGGGCAAUGUUAACAACUAUCACAUUUUACUCAUCAAGUCUCUUUCAUUUCGGCAGUUUAAAGACACAACUGUGGGCUUUCUGAGGCGAUGCCCGUUGGGCAAACUUAGGUUUAUGUGUUUGGUUUUUCAGCUGACGUGGAAGCCCUGGGUGGGCGUCCCCUGGCUGGCCUGGCUUUCGGGUUCAAGUCUGUAUGUAUGGAGUGGGUUGGGGCCCCAAAGCUUUGCUGCUAUUGAUUUGUCCCCGACAGCAGGCAAAGCCUCACAUUGCCCUCAAUUUUCCCCCUUUCAUUUGAAGGACCAAUUUUUCAUGGUACUUGUCUUGAUCUUUUUCAUAGUGUUCAAAUCUGUAUUUUUGUAUGUAGAGGGAAAUAAUUUUCUCAACACUAAUCGUUAAUAACUAUUGUAUUAAAUUGUCAUGAAGGAACUCGUUUAAUAAAUGGACGUGUAAGGA